AUGCCACCACCUAACCAGCAAACCUGCUACAGAAUACCGACUAUAAUUUCUGAACCUUACCUUUACCAAAACCGCUUAGAAUUGUCUCCAAAUCAGCCCCUGAAAACCAUCUCAAACACUGCCCGGAAUGUGAUCCCCUAUCCGUCUCCGUCGUCGAUGGGAAGAUUUGGGUUCGAUCUGGACUUGCUUCUUCGAUCUGAAUCUCCCAUUUUUUUUAUUUACAGGGGUUUAGCUUUAGAGGGCCCUCUUCCUCACACACUCUUCCUGUACUACUACUCUGUUUCACACUCAACACUCACGCCUUUCUUCCCUCCCUCCACCGCCACCUUUCUCUCCACCACCGUCUUCCGGCCAAAAAUCUUUGCCCCUCCGCCUCCCUCGACGGUAUCGCAUCGGUUCAUCGUCUCCGAUCACUUUCCAGGUGAUAUAAGCAUAAUUAUUUGA